UAUCGUCAAAUGUCAUAAUAAAGUAAAGUAAUUUUACACCAUGGGUGUUGUAAGUUGAACAUUGUUCAGUAAAAUCGUAAUGCAUUUUAGGAAAAGUACAGUCAAGCUUCUGUUAUAAUAUAAGUACAAUAUUACUUUCACAUCGGUCAUUCACCUCGUCAUAUCGAAAAUUUGGACAAAAAAUCAGAAGUAGGUAUGGAACACCGUCAUCGUAGUAUCAAGUGUUUAUUUUGAUAAUAACUUCGUGAUCAACUGUUCUGACCUUUUAAACGAGUUUGUCUGUUUGUCAUUUUCUGCUGAACUGUCAAGAUAAUUUCCGAGGCUUUUUAAUUUUAUUUUCGUUGAAAAAUUGAGGAAUUAAGACAUGGAUAUUAGCCAGUACCAAGAGCAGCUUCUCCAAGUGGAACAAGCCCUUGUCAAUGCUACAGGACAGGAAAGAGAAAGCUUAUUAAGUCUGCAAUCUGAUCUAAAUGAAAUAAUUCAACUCGCCUAUGAAACUAAUGAUGGUAGUGAUGAUGAUAUUAGUGAAGCUACUAAUAGUACUAAUAAGCCAAAUAACAGUUUAGAUGAUGAAUAUGAUCUAUUCAAGGCUGAAAUGGCUAAACUUGACGAGCCAUCAUCAAAUGAUGAUAAAAAUACAGAACCUGUUGUAAAGCUAACCAAAAAUUUGGAAGAAGAAUUAAAGGCUCUUGAAGGUACCAAAUGUCGAGCACCGCAUGGCAGCAGUUGGGGUGGUACAGGAUAUCACAAUGCUAUGAUUUGUUCAGUUCAUGCAGAAAAUAGUGAAGAUUCUGAUUUAAGUGAUGUGAUGGUGAGGAUAUUGUUUAUAAAUCCAACACAUAAAGAAAUGCUUCCUUGUCCUUAUUUUUUGGAUGGAUCUUGUAAAUUUUCUGAAGAACAAUGCCAUUUCUCUCAUGGAGAGCUUAUUUCAUUUGCAAAACUGGAAGAAUACAAAGAACCAGAUUUUUCAAAUCUUAAAAUGGGCAGUAGGAUAUUGUCAAAACAAAAAAACAAUCUGUGGCACAGAUCUGUAAUAUUAAAAUGUCCUGAUAAUUCAGAUGAAUUGUACCAAUUAAGAUCUGAAGCAAGUGGUACUGUGUCAGAAGUUGGAAUACAAGACAUAUUACCUCUAGAUGAUACUGGACUACAAAUGUCUGAGUCUUCUGAUGACAGUGACUAUGAAAAAGAAACUUAUUCAAAUAUAAAUCAAGAACCCAGUGAAGAGUUGAUUCAAAAGGCACUUUUAACAGGUGAUACUAGUAAACAACUUGGUGCAUGGGAGCAGCACACUCGAGGAAUAGGUAGUAAAUUAAUGGAAAAAAUGGGUUACGUACAUGGUACUGGUUUAGGUAAAAACUCUGAUGGUAGAGUUCAGGUUGUAGAAGCAAGUGUUUUGCCAGCAGGAAAAUCACUAGAUUACUGUAUGGAAUUGAAAGAACAUGCUGGUGGUGAUAAAAAUUUAUUCAGUGUUGAAAGACAAAUGCAAAGGCAAAAGAGGAAACUGAAACAACAAAGAGAAAAAGAAUACUCUAAUCAAGUAAAAAGGGAGAAAAGUAAUGUUUUUAAUUUUAUAAACAAAACACUAGGAGACAAGACUGAUGAGCCAAGCAGUUCCAAAGACCACAAAGAAUUGAAAAAAGAGUCUAGUAAAAACCUCAGAAUAGCAAGUUAUCAAAUUGAAGAAAAAUUAUCAAAACUGGAAAAAGAAUCUGCCUAUUUCCAGAAGUCAAUGAAUCAAUUUGCUGCUAAUAGUAUACAACAUAAUAGUGCAGUUGCAAGAUACAAUGAAACUCAAAAAAAAAUCACGAGUUUAAAAGCAUCAGCAAAACGCAUAUCAUCUGAACAGAAUCAAAGAAAAUUCAAGGAGAAGUUCACUGAAUUUUAAUAUCGAAAUGGUAAUCAUUUUCGAAAUGAUAUUAUAGAUUAUUUGUAAAUAAUUAAUUAUAUAUAUAUUAUAUAUUUAUUGAAAAAUUAAUUAUAACGUUUUAAUAAACCCAA